GUUUUCCCCCGCGGAGGGGGGGGGGGCAGAUCUUGACCGAGCGACCCCUUCCCUUCCUCCCCCGUAGUCGAGCGCGUGCCGGUGGCCAGACGAGCCUGUGCAGCCAGAUUUCUACAUGCAGGGACAAGCGUUCACUUGCGGGGGCUCGCGAUGACAGACCCGGACGUUCUCACGGAAGUCCCUGCCGCUCUGAAGCGCCUGGCCAAGUAUGUCGUGCGCGGCUUCUAUGGGACAGAACAUGCUCUGGCCCUGGACAUUCUGAUCCGGAAUCCCUGCGUGAAGGAGGAGGACAUGCUGGAAUUGCUCAAGUUCGACCGGAAGCAGCUGCGAGCCGUCCUCAAUACCCUCAAAGGAGACAAGUUCAUCAAGUGCCGGAUGCGAGUGGAGACGGCCCCGGAUGGCAAAACCACCCGGCACAACUAUUACUUCAUCAACUACCGCCUGCUGGUCAACGUGGUGAAGUACAAACUGGAUCACAUGAGGAGAAGGAUUGAGACCGACGAAAGGGACUCCACCAACCGAGCGUCCUUCCGGUGUCCUGUUUGCUUCAGUACCUUCACAGACCUGGAGGCCAAUCAGUUAUUUGACCCUAUGACAGGUCCGAUGGACCACUCCCAUUCCAGUGAGGCAGUCAAGGGGAAUUCUCGUGGAUGCCAAUGUCAUAUCUGCAUCUCUGUUGCGGUUUGUCCCGUUGUUUCCUUCAUUUGUCGUCCAUGUGUGCCUGCAGGUGGCCGAGACACGGAUAUGUUCCAAGAAGGGGAAGAGAGUCAAGGUGCUCUGGAUAAUAACGAGGAAGUGAUGCGCGCUCUGCUCAUCCAUGAGAAGAAAACGCCCUCCGCCUCUGUUGGCGCCCUGGGCGGGGCGGCACCCUUAUCCAGCGCCAACGCCAGCGAUUCCGAGAGCGAGACGAGCGAAUCGGACGACGACUCCCCUCCCCGGGCAGCCGCUGCCACGCUCUACAACCUAGUGGAGGAAGAUGACGACGAGUUUGAGGUGGUGACUGAAGACCCCACCAUCAUGGUGGCCGGCCGGCCGUUCUCAUACAGCCAGGUGAACCAGAGGCCGGAACUUGUGGCCCAGAUGACUCCCGAGGAGAAGGAACUCUACAUCGCCAUGGGUCAACGCAUGUUCGAGGACAUGUACGAGUAGCUUCCUUCUGCCUUGGCAACGCUCGCGGUCGACCGUCGACAAGAAGUGCGGGGAGGAAGGGAACGGGCAGAUGAUAUGUGCCCUUUCUCCGCCAAUCCAGUCAUUCUUUAGAGGUGAAAAAGAAAAGGGGGUCAGAGAGAGGACCAGAGAUGACGUGAAGGCCACAUUAUAUUUGUCUGUGAAUGAAAUCGAGGGUGGGGGCAAGGGGUCUAUGUUUUAAACAGAAAGGAGGUUGCGGGGGAGGAGAUCCAAAGCCCGCUGUUCCUUUGAGCUCUUGUGAUGGAAGCAGCUUUCUGCUCACCUUGGGAAGAGAAGCAAUCCAAGGACGACGAGGGAUAGCAUCAGACUCCCUCCUCUGCAUCCUCUUUUUCUUGCAGACAAUAGACUCACCCACAUGAGCAUCUGUGAGCAGAGCCGCGCACAACGAGUCCGCGUGUACGUCGGAGUAGGGGAGACCUCGCAAGGUCUUUCAGACAUGGCCAAGUGUUGUUGUUCUUCAUUGUUUCCUUUUUUGAUUCUCUCUGUGACCUUGUACUCCCCCCCCCCCACACACACAGUUCAGCCUGGAAAAAUCUGAAUACCUGUCUUGAAGAAGGGUCGUACAAAACAUUCCUUUUGUGUUUGUUGAAUUCUGAGAUAGCAGCCCCUCUAAAAUAAUAACCUGAGGACAAUUUCCUUGUAGAUAACCUGAAGAUGCUCUCCGUGUAGCUGUUGCGCUUUGGGGGUUUCAUCUGUAACAGCUCGAAGACAAGCAUGAUUUAAAUGUGUGUCUGUCCCCCCACAUAUGUCCUUUUAUUUUCCAGUAUACAUAUAUAUGUGAUAGUAACCGCAGAAAAUAGUUGCAAUCAUGGUAACUGGUGGCUGUUUGGCACAGAGCCGUUUGCAAAUUGUUCCUUCACAAUAAAGAGGCAUUAGGGACUGGUAGAUAUUUUAGAUUUUGCCGAAGAGUGGAGAAAUUGCCCAGAGACCAUAUUCCCAGCAAAGCAAUCUUGUAAAACACUCCUUUAAGAAUUCUUUUACAGGUAACUGACUCUUACUUCUUUGCUUACGUGAGCAAAUUCCCAUCCUUCUGUCUAAUCUAAUUAGCCAUAAUGGGUGUAAUUUUCAAACGAGAAGGCUCAGGGUUUUUUUUUAAAGUGUAGCUCUGCUUUAUUUCCCCCACCUCUUCCUGUCAGGGUUGCGUUCUUACGGUUCCCACCGUCCUCUGUGUAUCCGAACUGAGCCCCUGUAGUUCCCAGAAUGACACAAUGAAAAUUCUCUAAUGGGAUUCUUUCGACUCUGGGCACGUUGAAUGAGCAGAACCAAAGAACUCCAAGAAGGCCAUAAGAAAUAUUUUUCUCAUUCCUUACCUCUAAAUAAGAAUGCUGUUGCCUGAGGUUUGUGUGGACAUCAAGGUCAUUGUGUGUGUGUGGGGGGGGGGGGGGUUCUUAUUGAACAAGGAUUUUAUUUUUUAAAAAAUUAUGAAGAACGUUGUGGGAUUCUGAUGUUUAGCACGGCACUGUCUAAUUCAGGGGUGGCCAGCCUAUGGGGCUCCAGAUGUUCAUGGACUACAGUUCCCAUCAGCCCCUGCCAGCACGGCCAAUUGGCCGCGCUGGCAGGGGCUGAUGGGAAUUGUAGUCCACGAACAUCUGGAACCCCAUAGGUAGGCCACCCCAGUCUAAUUGAAUGUUUCUAGCCCUGCCUAUGCAAACGAAUCCCACUUUGUAAUUGUAACCUUUUUUUAAAAAAUUAAAAAUUACAAUUAAAAAAAUCGUGCAAGUCCCGCCCCCCCCCCCCCCGCUCCAAAAAAAGCGCUGGCCUCACAAAACAUUAGAGACAAACAGCUGGCCUGCUCAGUUCCCGCUCAUAUUUUACACAAGCCCCUUAAAUUUUCUGGGAGGACACAAACAGGCAAAGAUUCCGUUAUUACGCAAACGAAAUUCGCCCUGAUUUGUUGGGCCUGCGCAGUGCCUUUGGUGGUUUUAUUUUCAGGUGCUUCAUAGCUUUUAGUUUCUAACACAAAUACAGAAUGUGUUUGUUGGAUAUUAAAAUAAAGGAGGAGGAAAGACCACGACACAUCCGA